AUGGCCGAAGACAGAGACAGAGACGGAGGAAUGGCGGCGGGGGAGAUAAUGAAAGGGCCGUGGAAGGCAGAGGAAGAUGAAGUCCUAGUAAACCACGUGAAGAAGUAUGGCCCCCGAGAUUGGAGCUCCAUUCGAUCCAAAGGCCUCUUGCACUGCACCGGCAAGUCCUGCCGCCUCCGGUGGGUCAACAAGCUCCGACCCAACUUGAAAUAUAGGGUGAAGUUUUCUACGGAGGAGGAGAGGGUGGUGAUAGAACUACAGGCGCAAUUCGGGAACAAAUGGGCGAGAAUCGCGACUUACUUGCCGGGAAGAACCGACAACGAUGUCAAGAAUUUCUGGAGCAGCCGGCAGAAGAGGCUGGCCAGGAUUCUGCAGACUGCUCCUCCCAGACCCCGACCCACGCCCAUCAUCACUAGGGAAGCUCCUGUCUUCCAUGCUGUUCCAAUUGAGAUGGUGCCACUGCCGGAAUUGGUGGAUAUGAACCCCAACUUGCUUAAUUAUGACACCACCACCGUUGUUCAACUGGAGUUCAAUCCAAGCAUGGAUCAGUCCCAGGCCCAAUCCCAAAUCCUUUUUCCGGAUUAG